AUGGAGAGCAGACAAAUUAGACGUCGCAGGAAAACUUUACCUGUUAGAGAGAACCCCCUCCAACCUGGGGAUAGGGCGGAGGACGUCCAGACCCUCUUUCUCCCCGAUGAUUUCUACACUUUCCAAGAGGGGCACUAUGAUGGAGUCAUCAAACGCUUCCGGGAAACACAUGUCACAGCGUGGCCAACAGACGUGGCAGGGCUGCACACGGUGCUUUCCCGCCUGCAAGGUCUCUUUCCCAGCCAAGAUACCCAAACGCAUCUUCUGCAUCUUGCUGCGGAUGGCGAAAUUCUUCCCCACGUCGAUAAUGUUGGUGCAAGUGGUUCUUGGAUCCUGGGCGUGAGUCUAGGAGCAUCACGCAUCCUGCGACUGGAGAACACCGAGAACCAGCAUGAAGCAUUUGACAUCCCCCUGAUCUCUGGAAGCGUCUACGUCCAAAAAUAUUCUGUUCGCUACGGCUAUCAGCACUCCAUCCUGAACGACGGCUUCCUUAACGGCACUCGGUACAACGGAGGCCAGCGACUCAGUAUCAUUGUCCGGGAUUGCCUGCCUACUGUACAAAUUCCAGGGUAG